UUCACCAGGGCUGAGACUACUCUGUGGGCUACUUGAAGUCAUGAAGCCUUUUUUGGUAACUUUGGCUGUGCUGCUGCUCUUCUUCCAAGUCACUCCAGGCAGCAUUGAAAAAUGUUGGAAUUUUCGUGGCUCCUGCCGUGACGAAUGCCUGAAGAACGAAAAGGUCUAUGUUUUCUGCAUGAGUGGUAAAUUGUGCUGUUUGAAGCCCAAGGACCAACCACAUUUACCACAGCAUACAAAGAAUUAGUCUUUAAAGUCUGAGGCCACAAAAAUGAAGAUAAACUUGCCCUGACUCUGAUGUCAGUAGAUUC